CUCCAUGAGCCCACCAACACCGUGUUGCGAUUCUCUCUCCUCAUUUAUCACCCGUCAUGGCUUCCGAGAAAGAGGCUGCUCUAUCCGCCACUCCUUCCGACGCUCCGACCAUAUUUGACAAGAUCAUCAGUAAGGAGAUUCCAUCUACCGUGGUUUAUGAGGAUGACAAGGUUUUAGCUUUUAGGGACAUAACGCCCCAGGGUCCUGUUCACAUACUCCUCAUCCCAAAAGUGAGAGAUGGCUUAACUGGCCUCUCUAAGGCUGAGGAGAGGCACAUUGACAUCUUGGGCCGCCUUCUCUACACUGCCAAGCUUGUAGCAAAACAAGAAGGCCUAGAUGAUGGUUUCAGAAUUGUGAUCAAUGAUGGUCCACAAGGCUGCCAAUCGGUGUAUCACAUUCAUGUUCAUCUCAUUGGAGGACGCCAAAUGAACUGGCCUCCUGGCUAAAAAAAGUUCUCAUCUACUACUACUAGUGAUUGUUGUCCUGCUUAUAAGAGGAACCGUCAUGAGUUUCCCAUUGUCUUCUUCUGUCUUUAUAAAUAAAAAGGUUUGAGACAUAACUUUGUUAUGCUAAAAAAUACCUUGUUUUAUGUUUUGAAGAGAAUAUUUGACUGUUGCCUUGGAACUUUUGAGAAACCGAGAAAGCCCUCUUAAAGGAAUAAUACUACAGACGAGUU